AUGCCCACCAUCGGGUACACUGCCUCGUCGUCCACCGGUGUCUUAACCCUCAACUUCUCGUGGACGGCCGCGGCGCCGGCCGGGGCGGCGGGCGGCGCGCCGUUUGCGGACGGCGGGUUGUGGCUGGCCCCUGGUGUUGCCGCGCAGCCCCUGGACACGUGCAACCUCUGGCACAGCCCCACGUCAACGCUGGUGCCCUCCAACUGCAGCACCACCCCCGUCCUGACGGUGGCGACGGCCACGCCGGGCAUCGUGGGCGUGCAGAUCAAGCACGCCGACGGCCGCGACGCGAUGGCCUUCAACUUCGACUGCAGCGCCGCCAAUGAGGCCUGCAGGACCACCGCCAGGGUCGCGCUCGCCUGGAUGCUCAACACCGCUGUGCCCGCGCCCAGCGCCGCGCCGCCGUCCAGCCCAAGCCCCAGCCCGUCCCCCAGCCCGUCGCCAUCCCCGGUGCCGAGCCCCAACCCCAGCCCCACGCCGCUGCCCGCCACUCUCUUCCUGGAGCACCGCAUCCUGAUCCUCACAACACCCGGCUUUGCCGAGGUGGACUUUUUGGAGGGCGUGCUGACUGGCUACGGCGUGCCGUAUGACGUCCUGCGCUGGGACGCGGCCGACGCGGCGCGCCCCAACCUGAUGACGACCCUUUGGGACGCGGACGGCUCGGCGCGCUACAGCUCGUUCGCCAUGUUCCCCAACCUUGAGGGUGACGGCCUGAUGAAUGCGUCCGAGGUGGCCACCGUGUGGGACUUCCAGCGCCGCACCGGCGCGCGCAGCGUCAAAUUUGGGGCAUCCCACAUGAGCGCCGGCUUCGCGGCCCCCGCGUCGACGGCCUGCAGCUCGGCGGCCGGCGCGCUGUCGCUCACCGCGGACGCGCCCCUGGGCGUGUCAGGCGUGAAGGCCACGGCGUCGCCGCAAUAUGAUGGCAUCUGGAGGUGCCCCUCAACCGUGUCGCCGAGCGCCACGUGCCCAAUCUGGGGGCCCGGCUUUGAGGGUGGCCUCUACCCCAACUGCACCGUCAAGCCAAUUGUCAGUGCGGGCACCACGGGCGCAGUCGCGGGGCUCAUCAAGUACCAGGACGGCCGCGAGUCGAUGGCCUUCACGCACAGCUGUGCGGCGUGGAGCCCCUCGUGCAUGCUGCUGGGCCACAUGGCGGUGGCAUGGAUGGCGCGUAACGUCAUUCCCGGGGAGAGGGCCGCCCUGCUGUCGGUGCAGAUUGAUGACAUGUUCCUGACGACUGAGCAGACCGGCGUGGCCCAGCCGUACCGCGUCAAAACGGCGGACCUCACUCGCCACCUCGCGUGGCAGGCGGCCCUCAAGGCCGGCACCCGGCUGGGGCAGCAGCAGCAGCAGCAGCAGCAGCAGCAGCAGCAGCAGCAGCAGCAGCAGCAGCAGCAGCAGCUGGAGAUGCCCUUUAACGGCAACGGCAUCCUGGAUAACAUCACCGCCCUGACACCCCUGGCUGUGGACGGCGACGGCUGCACCGCCACCCCCACCUACACCACCCUGAACUGCAGCUGCUGGCUGAGCGGCUACGAUUCCUGCCCCGCAACGGCGCCUCAGUUCUGCCGGCAGUGCACCAAGAACUGGCCCAAACCUCUGGCAGCUGGGAUCAACAAGGUCACGUCCCUACCCGACCUGACAAAGUGGACGACGGCCAACCUGAUGGCCGACCCCCUUGCAGCCAUGGUCAUGAAUGACACCAAUGGCGCCGCGACGCAAUUCUGGUGGUCCCACCACACAUUCACGCACCAGAACCUCGACAAUGCGACCAAGUACGACACCACGCAGCAAAUAGACCUGAACCAGAAGAUGGCGGCCAGCCUGGGCCUGACCGCGCGGCCGUCUUACAGCAGCGCCUGCAUGGUCACACCAGAGAUCAGCGGGCUGGUCAACGGGGACGCCCUCGCCGCGCUGACGUCCAAGGGCAUCCAGUGCGGCACCGGCGACAACACCUGGGCCCACCUGCGCAACCUGGCCGCGCCCCACCAGAUGCUCUACACGACGCAGGCGCUCAGCAACUUCGCCGGGUUUGCCGUGCUGCCACGCUUCGCGACAGAGAUCUACUACAACUGCAGCACACAGGCGCAGAACCUCGCCCUCUACAACAACCUGUACAGGACCCAGCUCGGGACGUCCACGAUGACUCAAGUGCUGGACAGGGAAGCUGCCCGCGUGCUGAGCAACAUGAUGGCGCUGCGCAAGGACCCGUAA